CCUCUCCUUGCCACCUACCUCUACCAUACUUGAUUUACCUACGCAGCUACAGAAACAUUCUGCCCAAGCCACGCAAGACCAUAGCCCACCACAACAACAAUGCCUUCCGAAGCCAUUUAUAAAUGGCCCAAAACCUCUCGCCAAAAGGCAGCCAAGAAAGCACAUGAUGCCAGGCGGGCCAAACAUGAAGCUAUCAAGAAGAAGAUGGAACACGCACGACAGCAUAGAACAAAGCCCCACGUUUCCAAAGGUUUAUCCAAGUCUCAGCCGGAGAAUGAAAAUCCAGAUGCUGGGUCUACCUCUCAGAUCCCCGGUGAUACCAUCCGAGCUUGGUUCGAAGACUUCAUGAUAGAUCUUCGCCAGAUGGACCUGUACUCAGAGGCCUGUAAAGCUAGUUCAUUCGAUAAGGUCUCCAAUCGCUCCGCUGAUUACUAUCGCCUGGCCAUGAUGCUAGCAGCUACCUUGGAGAGGAAAGCGACAAAGUUGAAGAGAAUGUUUUCUCGCGAACUUAAGCUUCGUAAUGAUAGUAUCGGAUGCUAUGAUAAGGAUUGGGACUUGGUGUGGGGCGCAUUGCACAUGGCGGUGGCUGAUGUUUAUCCUGAUGAGUAUUUGCCAGUCUGGAAAGUGCUGGUGAAGAAGGAACAAGACUGGGAUGUUGUUGUGAAUUGGAUAAACAGCGCUGUUCUGGAGAGGUGUGGAAGACAGGCAUCGAAAGGAAAAUGUGUUCCCGAAGUUCUGGAAUGUGAUCUUCUCAAGGCAUUGAUUAUGCAAUCGUCAGUGGAGCCUGUCUCAAAUAAAGUCCUAUCAAUGAUCAAUGGCAAGUUCAACCGGCUGGGACUCAUUACGCUUGCAACCACCAGUUACAAAAAGGGAAAACAGCGCGGCAAAGAUGACGAUGGAUUAUCCGACUAGACAUAUUUCCUGAUGCGACGAUAUCAUC